GGCGAUCCGCUGCUGAACAGAGUAUUGUCUAACUGCUUUUAGAAUUGCAUAGAACAAUAUUGGGUGAGACGCUACUUUAAACACCACACUGUGGAUACGAGGCAACCCUUGUGUUGUGUGGACAUUAUGUUGUAGGGAGGGGCUGAGUGGGAGCACAAGUACACGGAGGGAGAGAUAGGCAGGUCUGGCCACAACGUCAGAUGGAUUUUGCAACGUCUUGACGCUUCAAAUAUGAAUCUCCCGUCUGUGUGUUUGUCUCUCUCAAUUAUCACCGUGAUGGAUCUCCCGUUAGUUACCGGAAACAUGAUCUUAAUCAGAGCAGUUACCUGGACUCACAGCGUCUCCCCUCCUCAAGUGGAUUUCUGAACCAAGGUAGUCGCUUCAAUAUGCAGAGCCGUCCUUUACCUGCCGCGCGUCCGGGUCUCGUUCUCUCCAUCCUGCUGGUUAUUUGUGGUUGGGACGAGGCAACUUGCUCCCCUGGGGAGGGCAGGAGGAUCUGGCAGCAGCCCAAGUUGGACCCCGUCGCCAAGGAGCAAGCCUUCCUUCAUGAUACCUUCCCCUCAGAAUUCCUCUGGGGUUCAGGGACGUCUGCCUUCCAGACAGAGGGCGCCUGGCUGCAGGAAGGGAAGGGACCCUCGGUCUGGGACCAUUUCACCCACGCUCACGCAGGUGCAGCCGCCACUGCCAGUGUGGCAAGCGACAGCUACAAUCGCUGGCAGGAAGAUAUCGGGGCACUGGAGUAUCUGGGUGUGAGAUCCUACUUUUUCUCGCUCUCCUGGCCAAGGCUCUUUCCUGAUGGGAAUGCCGGGAGUCAGCCCAAUGCCGCUGCCGUUGAGCAUUACAGGCGCCUCAUAGAGAGACUUCUAGAAAAGGGAAUCGAGCCCGUUGUCACUCUCCAUCACUGGGAUCUGCCACAGGUCCUGCAAGAGCAGUACGGAGGCUGGAAAAACAGCUCCCUGGUGGACCUGUUUGAUGAGUAUGCUGCCUUUUGUUUCCACGCUUUUGGGAGUCGUGUCCGGUUCUGGCUCACUCUGCACAACCCGUACGUGGUGGCUGUGCAGGGCUAUGGGACGGGCGUGCACGCCCCUGGGGAGACAGCGGGGUCGCCUGGCUCCCUUAUGGUGGCCCACAACAUGAUUAGGGCUCACGCCAAAGCAUGGCAUACCUACAACAGCCACUUCCGCUCAGCUCAGAAGGGUAAAGUGUCCAUUGUUUUGGGGUCCCACUGGGUCGAGCCUCAACGAGGCAAAGCCACAGGUGCCAAUGUUGAGCUCUGUCAGCAGUCAAUGGAAGCUGUUCUUGGCUGGUUUGCUAGUCCCAUCUUUGGUGACGGGGACUACCCAGUUUCUUUGAAAGUCAAGUAUGGUGCCCUCCUGCCCACAUUCACUCCCGAGGAGAAGCUCUGGGUGCAGAAAACUGCAGACUUCUUCGCUCUGUCCUUUGGGCCUAACAGCCUCCGCCUGGGCCAGGACCUGGUCCAUUAUGGGCAGACUGUAUCCCCAGACCUGAGGCGCAUCCUCGGCUGGAUAAAUGUGGAGUACGGGAACCCGAGGGUGCUAGUGGCCGAGGCAGGCUGGUUCUCUGAAGCUAGCGUGGGGAGGGAAGACACCGUGGCCAUUUAUCUGAUGAAGAGUUUCAUAAACCAGGUCCUUCAAGCGAUCAGGUUUGACGGUGUAAAGGUCUUUGGCUACUCCGCCUGGUCACUGGUGGAUGGAUUUGAAUGGAAUUACGCAUACACUGUGAGGCGAGGUCUUUUCUAUGUCGAUUUCAGCAACCCGAACAGAACACGGACACCCAAGACCUCUGCUCAGUACUACAGGCGAGUUGUUAGGGACAACGGUUUCCCCAGUGAUGAAGCCUCUGGACCGGUCACAGGCCACUUCCCCUGUGACUUUCACUGGGGCAUCACUGACUCUGCUGUACAGGUCAAAUUCUUCCCUUUCUCCCCACAAUUUACUGACCCCUUGCUGUACAGCUGGAACCUGACUGGAGACGGGUCGCUGCGUCCGGUGCCGGGGGUAAAGCUCCACACCAGGCCAGCUCAGUGCACCGACUAUUUGGCCAUUCGUGACCAUCUUCGCCUGUUUGCCUCCACCGGAGCGUCUCAUUACCGCUUUGCACUGAACUGGUCUCUGAUUUUACCCCAUGGCGACCGCUCAAAUGUGAACACUGAAGCUCUUAGGUACUACCGCUGUGUCCUGACUGAGCUCCAGAAGUUGGACCUGGACGCUGUGGUUACCCUCUACUACCCAACGCGCAGAGCUCCACACCUGGGCAUGCCUGGGCCGCUAUAUGACUCUGGAGGCUGGCUUAACUACAGCACGGUGGAGGCCUUUCAGGAAUAUGCAGCACUUUGCUACCAGGAGCUGGGGCCGUGGGUUCGAUACUGGAUUACCAUCAAUGAGCCGAACAGAUUGGUCGAUAUUUAUUCCGGUGAUAAGCAGAUGCAUGGAGCAGCUCACAACCUGCUUCUGGCCCAUGCAAAAGCUUGGAGGUUAUAUGAGAGGGACCACUCCAGUCAACACUCAGCGCUGGUAUCUCUGGCGCUUCAUGCUGACUGGGCUGAACCUGCCAACCCAUUUCUGGAAUCACAUACGGCAGCCGCUCAGAGAUUUCUUCUGUUUGAACUUGGCCGGUUCUUAGACCCAUUGCUGGAGACCCGGGAAAAGCAGAGCAAGGGUGGGUACCCACAAGAAAUGAAGGCAUACUUGGAGGAGAGAGCCAGAGUGAGUGGCCUCUCCGAAUCGCCUCUUCCUACUUUCACAGAGACAGAGAAAGCAGAGCUGAGAGGAGCAAUGAGCUUUAUUGCACUGAACCAUUAUACAACCCACUUGGUGUCACCUUAUUUCCACACAUCAGCCACUUCCCAGCAAAAAUCUCCUGAUCACGGCUGUAUGAUUCUCUCCGACCCCUCCUGGCCUUCCUCGGGUCUGGGACAAACUCUUGUACCCUGGGGCUUGAGGAAAAUCUUAAACUGGGUGAGCCGGCGAUAUGGGCGCGCCCUGCCAGUCAUUAUCACAGCCAGUGGGAUUGAUGAUCAGUCUCCUGUUGAGGACAAACUCAGGCAACACUACCUCAAGAGUUACCUGCAGGAGGCCCUUAAAGCCCACAAAUUAGAUGGUGUCAACCUGAAGGGUUUCUACGUGUGGAAGCUCCAAGAUCGACACGUUCCUCAGUUUGGACUUUUCACCUCGACCCAACACCAAUCUAAAGCCAAAGCCUCCGUCGCUGUCUAUAGAGAAAUCAUUGCUCGCAAUGGUUUCCCCAAUGAAGCCACUGUGCAGACCUGCAGGUUACGAGGCCUGCAUGAGUCUUGUGCUGUGUGCGCCUGGAUGUUUAGAAACAAAGCCUUGCUGGUUUUUGGGGCCUGCCUCCUAAUAACAGCUGUCAUGUUGGCGGCACUCGUCUUCUUCGUCACUGUCACCAAGAGACACAGAGGGAGGAGAAGAAGGAGGAGGAGGAGAGUGCCAGUUUGUUUAUGUCCUUAUCUUAGUCAGUGAUCACUUUACAGGAUGUAAGACGGAGCAGACAAGCUUUGUGUAGAUGAAGACAGAGCUUUUGUCUGUAAUUGUGUCUGAUCCAUUAGUUCUUGGAUUUGUGCCUGUGACAAAGAUAUAAUCAGUUUAUUAAAAAUAAGAGUCACGAGAAUGUGUGGGUUUCCAUUAUGCUGCAACAACAGCUUAAUAGAUGGAUGGCAAUGGCUUAUCUCCCUGGGGUGAAUGCGGUGAAACUUUCUUAUAUUACAGUAAUAACAUUUGUUUUAUUUAAUUGGACUAAGAUCUAACUUUAAUCAAUUGUAUAUAUUACUUUAUUGUAUAUUUUCUCAUCUUUACUUAUUAAAGCAUCAGAUUUAAAGGGGAACGAGGUGUUUGCUGUGCCACAGGGGCCCCUUUCCUCUUCAUCCUCUACACUGCAGUCUUCAGACAGCUGGCUGUGUUCAGCAGAGGUUCUCUGACGACUCUGCAAUUGUCUGACUUAUUACUGAUGAUGAUGACGCAACGUUUAGAGGGCUGACACAGAACCUUGUGGACUGGUGUCAGCAGAACCACCUCCUGAUCAACGCCGGGAAGGCCAAGGAGAUGGUGGUGGACCUCCGCGGAUGUCAGUCUACACCCCCCACCACCAGUUAAUAUCCAGGGAUGAAUACUCUACCUCCUGAGGAGGCUGAGGUCUUUUGGAGUGAAGGGGCCACUCCACUCUAAAGAGGACUCUCUAUGACUCAAUGGUGUCAGAAUGACACAGAAUGGUUCUGGCAAAACCUACAUCUAUGACCCUGAGUCUCACCCACUGCAGGACUCACUGUCUGCCCUUUUUUUGCUGUUGCAUCAUGUAAAUUUCGCCAUUGACAAAUAAAGGUUUCCUCUCUCUUCUGUCUCUCUUGACGGAGCAA